AUGGAUUACGCUCUGAAUAAGAUAUUGGGUGCUCUUCCGGCAGAUACGAAGGUUUACCCCGGCCACGAAUAUACAAAGAGCAAUGUCAAGUUUUCCAACACCGUGUUGCAAAAUCCUGAUCUUUCUAAAUUGACUGAAAAGGCAAAUUCCACCGAAGUGCUUACUGGAAUGUACACCAUUGGAGAUGAAAAGAAGUUCAAUCCGUUCAUGAGGUUACAGGAUCCACAGGUAAUCAAGGCCACCAACUCGAGUACUGAAGUUGAAGCAAUGGCAAGAUUGAGGGAAUUGAAGAAUAAGUUGUAA